AUGUGGUGGAUCCUGCGUCGGGCCCGGCUCACCGGAGCUUCCCUGUUCAGCCAAGCCACAGGGACCAAUAACAACAACAAUGUUAAAACAGAGUCAAGACCGCCGCGUAAAAAUUAUAAUCAAUUAUCAUCAAAUGAAAAACUGGACAACAGACAGACCGAUGAUGUUCACAUCGAGGAAGCAGAAGCCGAAUCAGACGCCAGUAGCACUGACUUGGAUGAACGCGAUACCGGAGGGGUUUGCCCACCGUGCGCGCAUGACCGAUAUAAUAACAACGUUCGUCGACAUGCACAUGAUGACUUCAGUGAUGACACAGAUUACGAUUUAGAUCAAUACUUGCUUAAGAAUGAAAGUCGUCGGAGCUACAAUUUUAGUUUACCAUCGUUCUCUACUCCAAGUUUUAUGACUCGGAGUACGGAAGAGAGCCCAAGUACUGCGAGCAGUACCGCUUCGUGGUUUGAAAAUGUGCAAAAGGAAUAUUUCACACUAAGUAGAACACAGCGGUUUAUGGGCUUUGGUAUAUGUCUAUUCUUUGGAGUGCUAUGUUUUAUUCUAUCAUUCCUGUAUAUUCCCAUACUGCUGCUGCAAGCUCGCAAAUUUGCACUGCUCUUCACUCUAGGCAGCAUGUUCUUCAUCAUCAGUUUCAGCUUCCUCUAUGGGCCGUGGAAUCACCUGAAGUCAAUGUUCAGUAAGGAGAGGGCUCUCACUACCUCUCUGUAUUUACUGACUCUGAUAGCCACAUUGUACUGUGCACUACACCUGCAAAGCACACCGUGGACCAUAGUAUGUGCAGUGCUGCAAGUCGUCGCCCUGCUGUGGAUGAUGAUGGGCUCCAUCCCCGGAGGCUCCUCUGGCAUGAGAUGCAGUGCGUGCGACAGCCUGUUUCCCUCGCUGAUGGCUCUGGAGCACCACAAGGAAGAGUUCCAGCACUGGAGCGACUCCUCAUACUGCUCGCAUUCAGACUCCGAUGACAGCGAUCUGGAGACGUGCCACGAGGACAGGCAUCGAUUACUCUAA